UGUAAAAACCAUAGGAAAAAAAACAAAAUUUCCAACAUCUUCUUGACCUGUUUCGUUCUAAAUUCUGAUAUUACAACAAUAAUUAAAUUGUUUCAACCCUUCGCUAAGAAAUGUCUUUUUCUUUCUCAUGGGUUUGUUCUGCGAUAUCUUCUCAAAAAAGCUUUUCUUUAACACGGAGUGUAGUUCGCCCUAAAUAAUCUCUCCCAGGCACGAAAACCAAGGAGCCGCAUCCCUUGAAGAUAUGAGCUUCUUCCUCCGACGUUGCUUCUCCGGCAGCUUCCUUUUCUGAUCGGUGCUAGCUGCUAAGGCAAGAUCUCUUAGGCGAACCUCUUUUUCCGGCGACGUGGCUGUCUUUCCGGUGAGACUUUUCACCUGAGAUGACUUUCCUUCUUCUGUCUUCUUCGAGCCACUCUCGUCAUUUUCCGAUGUCUUUGGUUGCGUUCUCCGAUCUGAGCCUCUGAGGCCUCCUCCUGCACCACCACCGGAGUCUCUUUCUCCGCCGACUCCACCUGAACCACCAGACCCACCGGACCCUCAGAUCUGCCGCUCCUUUGAUGAAUCUCUUGCUCAGCCACCGUGGAUGACGAGUCUACCUCUCCUGCCUGCAAAGUUUCUCAAUAGCAUUGGACUGCUGCUUCUUGACGAGUCCCUCUUUGCUAUCUGGUUUGGAGAGCUUGAUGCUCGUCUAUAUCCGACCACUUCGACCACCGCCAUUUUCGGAGUUCAUUGCUAUCUCGCCGACGCCCUCACCUUCUCUCCUCAGAUGUUCCUCAGUGGUAGUGUUACAAGGAGCAUUGUUAUCAAGACUGUUCUGCUUGAUGCAGAAGCGAAAAUUGUUGUUCAUGACUAUUCUCGCUCAGCUUUUGCUGGCUGUUUGGCGUUAUCGACUCGGGAGGCUUUGUUUCCUCCUCUUUGUUGUCUCGAAGUCUUUAAAUUCCAUGUUGCAGGUAGGGCUUCUUGUCUCUGCAGUUUGGGAUGGACGUUUACAAGUUAUGACUGUACCAUUACGGCCUCUUUCUCUGCGAUUGGAGCCUUUGUUGCCUCAGCCCUUGUAGCGGAAGCACUUGCAUUGUGCAGUGCGCUCUUAUCAGCAGCCGGUUAGCCGGAUUUUGCCUCUCCAACGGUGUUGUGGGACUCUCUUGUCCUCGUUUCACUCAUCAACGCUAAGGAUAGUACUUCAGAGCUAAAAGGGAUCUUCCUUGAUAUAGCUAUGUUAUGUAACUCCUUUGCACCUAUCUUUACUGAUGUUUUACCACA